AUGAGUGAUUCGUUUAUUAUCAAGUUCUUGUUUUUAUGCUGUUUAUUUACCUUUUCUUGUUCGAUGUAUUGUGGAGGGGGGCAGUAUGAAUACGGUGGUUCUUGUCGUGUAUGUCCUGUUGGGACCUAUUCACACGGUGGUAAUGAUAUUACUUUGUGUACUCCGUGUAAUUGGGGUGAGGCUGCAGUUGUAGGAUCGUACAACUGUGUUCCAUGUAAACCAGGAUAUUACGCAAAUUCAUCUGUUUCGAGUUGCCCCAUUUGUCCAGCAGGUACAUACUCGUCAUCUGGAGCAUCUUCAUGUACCAAAUGUCCAGCUGGUUAUUAUUCAUCGAGUGGUUCAACGUCAUGUUCAAUAUGUUCAGUUGGUAAAUAUUCUUCUAGUGGUUCAUCUUCAUGCACUUCGUGUUCUGUUGGUACAUAUUCAUCAACUUCCGGAUCUUCUUCCUGUACAUCAUGCCCCGCUGGAAAAUAUUCAUCCAAUUAUGGUUCAACUUCAUGUUCAACGUGUUCUACUGGUACUUAUUCUUCAUCGACUGGUUCUACAACAUGUUCUACGUGCUUAGCUGGUACAUACUCGUCAUCUGGAGCAUCUUCAUGUACCAAAUGUCCAGCUGGUUAUUACUCAUCAACUUCUGGAUCUUUUACUUGUACUUCAUGCCCAGCAGGCAAAUUUUCAUCAUCUAGCGGUUCUCCAUCAUGUUCAACAUGUCCAGCUGGCAAAUAUUCAUCUUCUGGUUCAUCUGCUUGCACUCUGUGUCCAAGUGGUCAAUAUUCGGCUUCAUCUGGAUCUUCUAUAUGUACAAAGUGCCCAGCUGGUACAUACUCAUCAACUGGUUCAUCUACUUGUUCUUCAUGUAAAGAUGGAGAGUACAGUUUAAGUGGUUCAUCUGCGUGUAAAAUAUGCAAUUCUACGUGUGCCACGUGUGAUAUAACCAAUGGAAAUUGUAAAACGUGUAAACCUGGAUAUGCAUAUUAUCCGAGUACUGGAUGUACAAUAUGUCAAGCUUCUUAUUAUUCAAUAGGUGGAACAUCCUCAUGUUCAAAAUGUCCAAGUAAUACUUAUUCAUUAGAAAAAUCUUCGGAGUGUUUAUCUUGCAGUGAUAAAUGUGCAACGUGUAAUCAAAUGAAUGGAAAUUGUAUAACAUGUGUAAAUGGAUAUGGUCUCGAAGCCGAAGUUUGUAAAUUAUGCCCAGCUGGUACUUUUGCAAAUUUGAGUUCAUGUGUUACAUGUGGAGAUAUGACAUAUUCUUUAGGUGCACAAACAUACUGUGAUAACUGUGACACUAUAUGUAAAACAUGUGACAAAACAAAUGGACAUUGCACCUCUUGUUAUAGUGGGAAGGGUAUUUCAGGAAAUAGUUGUGUUGUAUGUCAAGCUGGUUAUUACAGCUUUAAUAAUCAGUGUGAAAAAUGUCCUUUGGGUACUUUUACAGAUAGUAAUGGAAAAGACAACUGUGAAACUUGUGGAGAUUACAACUUUGCCAACGUAACUGGAUCAACAACUUGUUUACCAUGUGAUACAUUAUGUGCAGUCCGAUGUGAAAAGACGAGUGGAAAUUGUACAACAUGUGUUAGUGGGUAUGUAGCAACUGAAGGAGUUUGCAAAAUGUGUUUAGGUGGUACAAAGUCCAAUUCUAUAACCAACUUGUGUGAUACAUGUCCAGCAGGUACUUAUUCAAAUGAUAAAUCAUCAACUUGUACAAAUUGUAAAAACUUGGAAUUUUCACUUAAAGGUUCUUCGUCUUGUCAAACCUGCAAUUCAGUAUGUCGUGAAUGUAAUUCCACAAACGGAAAUUGUACUGCUUGUUUUGAUGGAUAUGGUAUUUCCAACAGUUUUAGUUGUGAAAUGUGCCAAGAAAGUACUUAUUCAUUUGACUCAAAAUGUACAAACUGUGAAGAAAUGAAUUACCAAGACGAAAAAGGCAAAACUACUUGUAAAAAGUGUGAUUCUUCAUGUUCAACAUGUGAUAAGACAAAUGGCAAAUGCACUAAUUGUAAAGCUGGAUAUGGUUUUAAUAAAACAGAAGGUAGUUGCACUACAUGUACACCAAAAACAUAUUCGACUGGUAACACUUCCGAAUGUGUGAGUUGUCAAAGUGAGUGUACCAAUUGUUUUAAAGAAACUGGGAUGUGUUCUUCUUGUGAAGAUGGCUUCAAAACAAAAGAAAACAAGUGUGUAAGUUGUUCAUUAAAUGGAAAUUGUACAUCUUGCAAUACAACUGGAGACGAACAAAAUUGGGUGUGUAACAAAUGUGAAAAUGGACUUUAUCUAAAUAACAACAAUUGUAUUCUUUGUGAAGAAAUUGCACAUUGUGCGUCGUGUUCACAAACUCAAAAAAAGUGUUUAUAUUGUCAUGAAGAUUAUGUAACAGAUGGAAACAAAUGUUUUAAAUGUGAAGAAGGAAAGGUGAAGAAUGGGGAUAAAACGUGUAUUGAUAUAUUUUAUUUAAUUCCAAAUUGUAAAAAUGGGUAUUAUGAUAAUGCUACUUUAAAAUGCACCGAAUGUUUCGAACCAUUUGAACUUACAAGUGACUCAUUAUCAUGUUUUGCAAACAAAGAUUACCAAAAGUUUUAUUAUGAUAAGCAAACCAACACAUUCAAAGAAAAUGAUGUUAAUUGCACAAAUCAAAUUUACUCGACAUGUUACUCAUGUCAUGAUUCAAUUUUAUUAAAUGGAAAAUGUGAACAAUUGAAUGAAAAUUGUAAGAACGGUGCAAUUAAAGGGUGUGAUUUGUGCACAAAUUUUGUUUUAACAUCAUCAAACAAUUGUACCAAAAAUGAAAAGUGCAAAUAUCAACUCAAUAAAAAUGAUACAAUGGAAUGCCUUCAAUGUGUCAAUGACACUGUUUGUGGUCUCAAAGAAGAAGAGUGUUCAAUUUCGCAAAAUUCGUAUUGUUAUACAACAAAAGAAGGUUCAUAUACAAAUAAAAAUGACAUUAUACCAUGUGAGAGUGGAAAGGUUUGUGCGUUAAUUGAUGGAAAAGAGUUGGAUUUUGAAUGUGAAAACGAAACAAUACUAACACAAAACAACAUCUGUACAAAAGAUCCUAAUUGUUUAAUAUCAAAAGGUAAUUACUGUGUCAAGUGUGUUGAUGAUUAUCAUAUUUAUAAUGGUUGGUGUGAAUUAAAUAAUAACGACUGUGACACUCAAAAUAGAGAUUUUUGUGUUUGGUGCAAAAGUCAUAUUGGGAAUAAUAAUGAAUGUUAUAAUCAAACUGUAAUAAAUUGCCCAUCCUUUAAUAAUACUUGUGUAAAAUGUGAAGAAAAUAAUUACAAAACAGAAAUAAAAUGUAAUGUGAUUCAAGAUGAUUUUCCUAAUUGUAAAAAUGUAUAUAACAAAAAGUGUGUUGAAUGUCAAGAAAAUUUCAUACUUGAAAGUGAAAAUUGUUUACACAACAAUGAAACAAACACUUCAUCAGAAACAAAUGAAACAACAAAAACAACUUUAAAAAAUGAAAACGGUUCAAAUUGCAUUGAAAAGACAACGAAAGGAUGUAUUCGUUGCUCUGAUACAUAUUAUCUUAAGGACUACAAGUGUAUUAAAUGUGAAUAUCCAUGCGUUAAUUGUAAGAAUUUAACAUAUUGUACUGGAUGUGAUGCAUAUUCAUACACAAACAACAAAGGCGAUUGUAUUGAAAUUAACGAUUUACUCUCAAAGUGUGAUUUGGUGAUGGCAACAUACAGUGGGUGUGUUGUUUGCAAAGAUGGAUUUAUGCGGUCUACUGAUGGUCGAACCUGUGAAAAAUGUGACAUUUCUUGUAAAACAUGUACGAAUGAUGGAACGUGCAUUUCAUGUAAUGAUAAUUAUUACAGAACAGCAACUAAUAACACCAAAUAUUGUACAAUUCAAAGUGAGUUGAACAACUGUUUAAAUAAGACAAUAAGUGGGUGUUAUGAAUGUGAAAAUGGAUUUUAUAUAUCAAACAACCUUUGUAAACCAUGCAACGAGAAAUGUACAACUUGCACAUCACAAGAUUAUUGUACAAAUUGUACUGAAAAUAAUGUAUUACUAAAUGAUAUAUGCACAUCGUUUACAGAAAUACCAAAAUGUAUUUCUGCAUCAAACAACAAAUGCUCAGCCUGUUCGAAGAGUUAUAAAUUAGAUGAAGUAACAAAUAAUUGUUUUAGCAACACAAAUUAUGGACUUGUAAUAGUUCUUCCAGUGGUCAUAGUGUUUUUGUCUAUUCUUGGUAUUGUAAUGGUUGUAAUAAUAAUAUUGGUGAUACUUAGAAAGCACCAAGAAGUCUCAAAAAUGCGUAACAUUUGUGUUUUUCCAAUGAAAAAGUCCAAUAUUAAUAUGUUUACAUUAGAAGGUUCUGUUGUAUCAAACAAAAGUUGUUUAACAUUUUCAGAAGAUUGUGAAUUACUCCCAGUUGACAAGGAGAGUCGAGAACUCAUUUGCAUUGGCAACAAAAGUACAGGAAGAUUAAAAGUCCAACUUACAACACGAUUUGGGUGUGAUAAAUAUUCGAUACGAACUGAACCACAAUUGAUCACUUUAAAAAAAGGAGAAGCAUGUGAGUUUGAAGUAUUUGUAACCCCACAUUGUACCAUGAAAUUGACAGACGAAAUAAAGAUAGUCACACUAGAUUUAGAUAAAGGAGAAACGAAAACAGUGUCUUUAAAGAUCACAUUAACGACUGAAAAUUCGACUAAAUUGGAUUAUGAUGAGUUGAUAACAGAAAAGAAAUUGGGCGAAGGUUCUUUUGGCAUAGUGUACAAAGGCUCGUUUAGAGGCAAUGUCGUCGCAAUUAAAAAGAUGAAAAGUUUAGAAGGUAGUGAUGCUAAAAAUCAGAUGAUACAAUUUGAGAACGAAGUAUCGAUGUUGGACAAGUUUAGGAAUGACUAUAUUGUCCACUUUUAUGGUGCUGUUUUCGUACCAAAUAAGAUAUGUAUGGUCACCGAAUUUGCACAAUAUGGAAGUUUACAGGAUUUGAUCAAUCAAACUAAAAUCAAUGAAAUACCUCAAAUCGUUGUUCGAGUUAAAUUCAUGAUAGACCUCGCAAAUGGAAUAUUAUAUCUACACACAAAUGGGAUAUUACACAGAGACAUCAAGCCGGACAACGUGUUGGUAUUUUCUUUGAAUGUCGACGAAAAAGUGAAUGGAAAAUUAACAGAUUUUGGAUCAUCAAGAAACAUCAAUUUGAUGAUGACCAACAUGACAUUCACAAAGGGUAUUGGCACACCAGUGUAUAUGGCACCGGAAGUGUUAAACAAAGAAAAAUAUACAAAAGGAGCGGAUAUCUUCUCAUUUGGAGUCACUAUGUAUGAAACGUUUGGGUGGUGCGAAGCAUAUGAUAAAACAGAGUUCAAAUUUCCAUGGAAAAUAGCAGAGUUUGUUAUUAAUAGAAACCGAUUGCCAAAGAAAGAAAUGAUGAGCGACAAACAGUACGAAUUGAUUGAUAAAUGUUGGAAACAUGAAAAUAAAGAAAGACCAACAAUUAGUAAAGUCUUAGAUGCAUUAAAAGUAAUUUAA